CGGCGGUCCGUCCCGGACCAAGAGAGAGACACACGGAACGCGACACGUACUGUACUACGUCAGCCGACCAAAGCUCGCCCGUGCUGCGGCCCUGAGACUCCGCGAGCGUGCAAGAGACGGUGGAGCACCCGAGGCAACCGGCGGCGUUUCCUCGCCCGGCCGCUCUCCGCCCCUCGGCGUCGCCGGUGCAAAUGCCUGCGCCGCGACCGCAGCAGCGGGUUCUGCUCGUCGCGGCUGCCUGGAGCCUCGGCCUGCUCUGCCUCGCCGCCGCGGAAGGUGGAGGCGGCUCCUGCGAGCUCUCGGUCGAGCGCGGUGGCGCGCUCUAUAACUUCAGCCUCGCGGCGCCGACGCCGGCCCACCGCCACGGCGUCCUCAGCGAGGAUGGGUUUUACAAAGUGGCCAUGAACGAUUCAGUCAUCUGGUUCCAGCUCUGCGAUCAGAUGAUAUUCAACUUUGACCCACCUGUCUGUCUUCACUGUGAGGACUGUGGUGGUCCAUUGAGGUGUGGCACCCAAUGCAGCGCACUUGCUUCAAAUAACAUUGGAGGGUAUGAUGUUUGUACAACCAUUGGAAGGGCAUCUGGAUCCCAUAUAUCUCUAAUAGCAGAUGAAGGUAAUCCACAAAAGGGUGUCAUUGUCAAGAUGUUUUCAUCAAAGUGUUCUAUUUCUGUUUUCAUCUUUUGUGAUUCAGCUGUAGCCCAACUACCGGAUACAUUCACCCAAUCUGGAAGUUGUGAUUACGUUACGGUACUUAGACACCCUUCUGGGUGUGCAAGAUCAGUGUCUGAUGCUGGAAAUGGCUGGGGAUGGUUAGGCACUUCGUUCAUAACAAUUUUGUGCCUUCUUGGAGGAUACAUUCUGAUUGGUGCAAUCUAUAGAUAUUAUUUCCUCGGCAUUCGUUCUGUAGAGGCCAUUCCGAACCUGGAAUUUUGGAUCAGUUUGCCAUGGAGAAUUAAGAGCAUGUUUGUUCGUCCAAGAAGAAACUCAAGAAGUCAGAGCAGAGAUACUAGAGGUCCAUACACCACUGUAAACCACUGAGAAGUAGAAAAAUUCAAUACCAGUAUUGACAGUCAUACAGUGGACAAGCAUAUGUGGAUUGGGGUGAAAGCAAAACCUUUGAUCUCUGCCCAUAUGCCAGGUACCAUCAAUGAAUCAUGUAUCUUUGUACUUGCAUAUUAGUGGUGGAGUAUCUGAAUGAGCUACUAAUGGAGAUAAGACCCGGUGAUCAUAAUUAAGCCUAGUAGGUCCUUACACUACCUGCAGCGCUCUCUUUUUCUCUUCCAUUUUCGGGCAGGGGGGGUGGGGGACUUUCAUAUAUGUACAAUAGUUGAUGCUCGGCUAUUUAUUCACAUGGAAAUAUGGAAUAUUCAGAAUUGGUUCAAUUCCAAGUGAUUAUGACCAUAAUAUGACUAUACUGGCCUUCCUCUCAUUCAGUUUUUGAAGCCCUUGAA